GGUCGCUUUUCACGCGAAUUUCCUUCGCAGCUCUUGACAACAUUUCACGAUCAGCUACGUGUCUGUUUGUAGCCGCUGUGGCCGGUGAAGGAGGUGUUAUUUGGCGGUCGGCGCUGAGCCUGCACCGCACGCCCUGCCUGGCUGCUGUUGUGUUGUCUGGGGCGCGGGUGGGGGUUCAGUCAUACAAGAGUUGUACGAAAACCCAACUCCUGGCUGGCUGGCUGGCUGGCUGGCUAGCUAGCUAGCUAGCAGUUUAGCCUCUUCUGUUUCAUUCGGCAGAGCCUCUCAGCAUGCUUCACAUUGUUCAACCUAUUGUCUAAACACCGCCUCCCCCCCGUGGUCUCUAGAUAGAGUCCCGCUUGAUUAGUGAAGCUCAUUUGCUCGGAGAUGACCGCUUUUUCAACAGAAACUCGUAACAAACCAACGUUUGCAUGAUUAGUCGCUAGCUAGCUCACUUGUGCACAAAUGCACCAUUUUAUAAAACAGCCAUCGUGUUUGUUUUUGCGAGAUCAUAAACCACACGCUUACAAAUGAGAGUGACGCACAACCCAAUCCGUUUCAACUUAUGGCUAGAUACAAGAAAACGUCUUCCACUGAAGUGAGGAACAGGCUAGUUGUGUUUGUUUACUAUCAAAGCUUUUGUGCAUGGGCUGUGUAUAUCCAUCUGCUGUGUAAUUUUCAUUUACACAAAAAACUGCAAUAAUCAUAAUGCUCCCUGUGGUUUAUCAGUCAUUGAGUAGGUCUGUGCGUUGUGGUUUUAUGUUAAUUUCUCUGACUGCCUGGGAAAUCAUUUUUAUAUCAAAUAUACAGCUUUCCAGAGCCAUGGAUUAACCAUUCCCCACUGAGUUUACGGCCAUUCUCUUUAACUUAAAGGAAGGACAAACUGCUUGAUAUUUUUGAGCGUUUUUAGGUGUUAUAUGCUCAACUCAAACCAAGAGUUAGUCCUAUUUUUCAGAUUAAUUGUAAGUGUGUAGGGUCUAGAAACAGCUGUUUUUUGUUCUACAUUUAAAACAAUGUGUUGUAAGAGCCACGCAAAUCAUUAAAAUAGCUAUCCCACAUACUUAAGGAUGCAAUAAGUAAUGAAUGUGUCUGUCUCUAGUUCAGUAAGUACUAACUAACUGCUCAAGAAGUCAGACACUUUCUCAGGUAUUAGAGGUAUUAUUGCUAACAUCAUUUGGCUGUUUAAAUAAGUAAAGUACAACAUAAACGUCCACUGACUGAAGGUAAUAGAGCAAACAUGGAAGAUGAGAAAAAUUCCCUUAUAAACGUUUGUUGUAUGUUACAAAUAUAUACACGUCUUCGUUUUAUUAUUAGUUAUUUUUACACGAUGCCUAUUAAUUCCAAGAAAAUACUGUUGUGGUGUUCGACCAUUAUCAUGCAAUGCCUUAGAAUUGCACCACAGGUCAUUGAGUCAUGGGCUGCACAACUCGUUUUAAUUUGGUCAGAAUCGUUACAUGGUCGUUGUCAUGCUGCCGAGACGUCCCGGCCUUCACAUCUUAUUCUACAGAUGUAAGAAAACAUCUUUGUUUGAUACAAAUCCUUGCAAAAAAUCGCACCUCAAACAUUUUAAUGUUUUAAAAUGAUCGCAAAUAAUAUCACAAUUGCAAUAUCAGUGAAAAUAAUCGCAAUUACAUAUUUUUUUCAAAAUUGUCAUUAUUGAGUCAGUCAUUGCACCUGUAACCUCAGUGCCAGGUUUGAUUGCCCAAAAUCCAGUUCACUGUAUUAAUCGAAAACAUCCGAUCAUUGCCUGUAUUACAUUUUAUGAUGGCCAUAAUAAUUUAAUAUACGGUAGAUAAAACUGUGCUUACGGCGCACUUGCUGCUCUCAAACAGCAGCUUUUUUUUUUAAUACUUGUCUUUUAUAUAUUUCAGUAUUAUAAAGGCUUUAUGUAUUUUGCUUUAUUUUAUUUUUUCCCCAUUUUCCUUUUUCCCAUUCGAUGUCAUAAUUUUCCUCAAUCUGUUUCUUUUGCUUUCUGUCGACCCUGGAACAUGGCAUGCACCAAACCAUUGGGGCUUUCUUGCCUGAAACCUGCAUAAGAGUGCUGGACCUACGUUUUUGGUCAUAAAUCCAAAUUUGGUGAUUGGCUUUGGCCCCAGAUGAUUUGGGUGGGUGUGGUCUCUUCUGUUACCCCUCAUCCUAAGUGAAGCCCCCUCUGUUCCCACAAACACACACGCAUUCAAACCCCCGACGAUGACACACCAUUCUAACAACUCUGUUCGAGACCAUAUGAAAUGGGCUGGGUUGCUGGGCUGCGAGGCGGUGCUCUCCAGCAUGGCCCUGAUGCAAGCCAACAACAUCCCAGGCCAAAAGAGGAUGAUGUUACCGUUGGGUCAAGGGCACAGGUCCAGUCCUGAGAGCCACCAAACCCACUCGCAGCACAGCCACAACCACCACGGACACCAGGUUCACCAUGGACAACCCCACCACAGUAACAUGGGCCACCCUUCAGCCGGGAGCUGUCCACCCUUGCUGAUACGAAAAGACGGGGACUAUCACUCAUCAAGAAUGAUGGAUGGAAAGGACAUGCAAGCAAACCAGAAUAUGCAACCCAAGAAGAAGCACAGAAAAUCAGGGUCAUCCAGCAAAGUGAAGGUGGAGCAUUUACUUCCGCAAAUCGAUAUGAGCGAUGACAGUUCCUUGAAAGUCCAGAAGAACUUCAUCUGUGACCACUGCUAUGGAGCUUUCCGGAGUAGUUACCACCUCAAGCGACACAUCCUUACACACACAGGAGAGAAGCCAUUUGCUUGUGACGCGUGCGACAUGCGGUUUAUUCAGCGUUACCACCUGGACAGACACAAGCGGGUGCACAGCGGAGAGAAGCCGUACCAGUGUGAUCGCUGCCAUCAGAACUUCUCCCGGACAGACAGGCUGCUGAGACACCGGCGCCUGUGUACAGUGGGGAUGAGCAAAGAGGAAAGCCAGUUCUCACAGGAUGCAUCCGCCCAUUCAGCUUCCUGGAGCCCCCUACAGCCUUCCAACAACCGUCUGACUGUCUGACCCUCCGCUCCCCACAGAGACCCUACAGACAGCAGCCUGCAGCUCAGCAAUGUCACACGUUAGAGCUCAACAGUACUGUCAGCUGAAAACAGCGUUGCUUAAUCACAACCAAACUUUACUUUUGCUCUCGCCAGCUCAUUCACAGAGCUCGAUAAUGGAUUUUUAUAUUUUUUUAAUCUACUGUUCCAUUUACAACCCAGACAAAAGGGGAAGGACUAAUUCAUGAUCUUGGACAACAGGUCUUGGUACUACUAUAGCAAUAACUGAAUUAAAAAUGCACACGUCUCCUUUUAUCUGAAAGGUUGCAGGUAUUUUUUUUUUGCUAUUGCUGCCGAGGGAUUGCAAGUAUUUUUGACUGUGUUGACUGUCACCGUAUCGCGCAGCAUCUCUUAGGUAUCCUGUUGACCUGCAAACAACCCCAGUGCUGGCCUCUACUCCAUCUGGACAGUUCACUAAAGGACACACACACACACACACAGAACUGUGUAGCUUCUCAGUGUUCAACUUCUCCUCAUUUUGUGUUCCUUACGCUACUAAUCCUGCACCAGCUACCGCUCAAAGGUCACGGCAGACUUGUGGGCCUAUUCAAUACUGAAGGUGUGCGUAACACAUCUGAAAUAAAAUUUUAUGUAAUUUUUUUUACGACAGUGAUCUAAACAUGAAUCGGGCUUAUUACAGAGUAGAAUGCAACUGGUAUUCCAUUUUCACUUCAUGUAGAAGAUCACCUUUUUUAAAAAAUGGAUUUCAAAUAGUUUCUUACAUGCUAUUCGCCUCGCUGUAAAACUGGAUUACAGAUGAUGUGUACAAACAGGUGGAAACACACUAAAAGUUAACUAGAUGCUCCUGAAAUGUAAAAUGUCCAACUAAUGUUGGCAUUAGUUAAGUUGUGUAGCGACUGUUGGCUUACAAUCCUCACUGUUCUACCUUGUUUUAAAGGGGUUUGUCCUGACUGUCUAUAUAUUACACUGUUGAAAUACAGGUUUUGUAGGAAGAGCCGAGGGUUUUUUUUUUAUGCUCUUGAAGAAAAAAAAAAAAAGAAAAAAAAAGUUACUGAGCUUCUUUAUCCUUUAAUGACUGGAUGUAGAAACCGCCUGUCUGUUGAAGAAAUUAGAAAUGAAGGUGCCUCUGUAAUAACCUGCUCAAUAUAAAUUGUUUUUACUGUCUCUCUGUUCCCAGAAACAACUGUCAGUCUUGUUUUUUUUCCUGCUCAGCGUUUAUAGAUCUUCCUGAAUUUGAAAACAUCCGUCCUUUCAAAUGUAUUUUGGUAAGUGAGGCGGGACAGCGUGUGAUCAGAAAUCCUGGGGUUUACCCUGAAAGCCCUUGAGAGUACGUCAGCACUCAACUCAAUUAAAACUAGUCCAAGGCCUAAAAUUAACUUCAGCUGGAGGUACUGGGGAAAUGUGGUGCAGAUUAGUCCAAUUCAGAGCCCAGAUCAAUUUAAACUAAGUAUUUUUUGGUUCAUCCCCAGAGUCCGAGAGCUCUCCUCUGUCUUGACCUAACUGAAUGUGAUCUGAACACAGUGCCAUGUCAUUUCAUCUCCAGGUUAACCGUGAGCGUCUUCAAUGAAGAUGAUGAGCUGUGGACAGGGGAAUAUACGGUCCGCGUGGUGUUUUGUAAAGUGAUAACCUACAUGAUGUUAUUUUUAGGCCUCUGUAAGAUGAAGUCGGACUGUAAACACUGGACUGAAGAUGUUAGCUCAAAUGUAGAGGAUCGUAUUGUAGACUGGUGGUACUUCUGUUGCUGUCAGACUUUUAGAUUAUGUAAAGGGAGUUUGGGGCCUACCACUGAGUUGACUUUUUAUGAAGUUAAUAUAUAUUUAAAUUGUAUUAGGGAUAGUAUAGUAUGGGACCUACACUUCAAAAGAAAAUCAAAGUAUUUACAAAGUUAUAAUCCUUAGUCUGAUGAUUUCUUACAACUGAAAAGUCAUCUCUCAACUUGCUAUUAGGAGUCAAAUAAAAGCUGCCGCUCUUGCUUUUGUUAGUGUAGCAGCCAUGAUUAGUCAGCAUAUUUUUUUCUUUUGCAUGUAUUUGUUGGAUCUUCUAUACAUUUUGUUUUGGAAAGGAGUAUUUUUUAUGUGAGCCCCACCUUUUUCUGUCAUUUCAGGGGUGAAGUGAAAUCUAUUUUGACUCAGUCAAUCAUUCUGUAGUGAACGGAGUUUUAGGGCCCCAAGUCUCAAUAAAGCUGUUACACUUUUUAAACAAAUGCUUGUUCAAAUCUGUGAGCCGUUUCAGCUGCCUUCCACUUAGGUCAAUGUAAAAUGAUAAAUUCAAUUACUUUUCAAA